AUCACCCAAAUCUCCCCCAAGUAAUAACUUUCUCUUUCCCUCUACAUCAAAGCUAGCUAGAUCAGAUUAGAGAAAGAAACACGAAACACCCCAUUCCCUCUUUCAAUUUCUAAUCAUACAUCAUAUCAUUUCAUAUAAUCUCUUGAUCUAUAGCUAUACAUACACAAAUAUAAAUGAUCUCUUGUUCUUUGUUUUGCAUGGGUUGAUCAUCAAGCGAGCAAGCAUUAAUUAUUUUAAGCUAUGAUGAUGUCUCGCACGUGCUCACAGUGCGGCAACAACGGCCACAACUCCCGCACAUGCACCGACACCGCCGCCGCUGGAGACAACGGCAUCAUGCUCUUCGGCGUGCGCCUCACCGAAGGCUCCACCUCCUCCUCCGCCUUCAUCAGGAAGAGCGCUAGCAUGAACAACCUCUCCCAGUAUAACGAACCCGAAUCCAACCCCGCUGACGCAGCUGGCUACGCCUCCGACGACGUCGUUCAUCCCUCCGCACGCGCCCGCGACCGCAAGCGAGGUGUGCCUUGGACGGAAGAAGAACACAAACUGUUUCUGUUGGGAUUGCAUAAAGUGGGGAAGGGAGAUUGGAGAGGAAUUUCUAGAAACUUCGUCAAAACUCGCACACCCACUCAGGUUGCUAGUCAUGCUCAGAAGUAUUUCCUCCGCCGUCACAACCAUAACCGCCGGCGCCGGAGAUCUAGCCUUUUCGACAUCACCACCGAUACGGUGAUGGAAUCUUCAACAAUAAUGGAGGAAGAACAAGAUCAGCAAGAAAUGGUGCCGCCAGCUACCUCCGCCGUGUAUCCGCCGUUACAUUACGGUGGCUUCCACGGCCCAGCGUUUCCAAUGGCUCUGUCUCCGGUGGUAUUGCCGGUGGCCGGAGGGGAAAGACCGGCAAGGCCGAUUAGGCCAACGCCGAUUUUCCCUGUGCCUCCGUCUUCUAAGAUGGCUAGUUUGAACUUGAAAGAGAAAGCAGCUUCUCCUUCCCCUUCUUCUCCAUUUGAGCCUCUACCGCUGUCGCUGAAGCUGCAGCCAUCUCCGCCGCCGUCCAAGGAUCAUUCUCCGGCAACCAGUAGCCACUCGUCGCCAUCAUCGCCGUCUUCUUCAUCAUCUUUUCAGGCUAUGUCUGCAGGGAAGUUCAGCGGUGGUGGAGAUAGCAUUAUUAGUGUUGCUUGAAGUGAAAAGAAAAAAAUUAAUGUGAUUAAGUUAUUAGUUAAGUACAAUUAAGGUUUUAAAGUAGGAAAUGUACCCAAUAAAAUAUAAAUUUAAUUAUAUAUAUUUAGGAUGGAGGGAUGUAUGAAAAUGUAUGUUAUGUUUACAUAUGGAUUUUAAGGACAUGCAAGACACAUACAGAUUAGUGGCGGCUUAAAACUGUCAUCAACCUAUAUGUUUCUUUGAAGACGAUUAGGAUUUGUAUGUA